CUGUCGCCAGGCGGAUCUCGCCGAUCUCGUGCGCGGGAUAUCUCUCUCGCCCGACCUCCAGCGUGGGAUUCAACAAAACAAAAAACCGAACCCUCCACCAACGACAGCGGGCGACAAACAGCGGGGUCGCUAUAGGCACAGCCGCGCAGAGAAGGGGAGGUGUUGCCGCAACAGUUGUCGCUCCGCCCUCGAGAGAGCGAGUGAAUGAAUGGAUGUGAAUGGGCGCUGUGAGUACGACACCCACCAGGAAAGCAUCGCGGUCUCCAGGGGAUACACGAACUUUAAAAGGGCCGAGACGCGCUCACAACGAGGCGAGAGUUGGAUUUCACUCGCGCGAGAGAGACGGAGAGACAGGAAGAGAGAGAUUAACGCGCACACGGCAGAGAACACAACAAAUAGUUAGCCAUGCCUAAGCACUUGCCCUCGGUGGACACCCUGGAUAUGGAGAACCGAGACCCCGUCAAUAUCAACGAGCACGUUCGAGUGCUCUUCGAGGACGUGUUCGCCGAGCCGGAGGGUUCGCACAGCAUCCCCGGCGUGUGGAGGUGCGCCUUCAGGACCUACAACGGCACCAAGUGGUUCUGCUACCUGCUGCUCUCCGUGCUGUGCGCCGUGCCGCUCUCGUGCUGCUGGGGCUGCGACUUCGCGUGCGCGCAGUUCUACCACGUGUGGAACGUGACGCCGUGCCUGCGCAUGUGUCGCAUGAACAUGAUCUGCCUGCAGAUGUUCAGCGCCACGUGCAUCCGCUGCUGCCUCGACCCGGUGUGCGAGUCGUGCGCGCUGUGCUUCUCGAAGAUCAAGGUUGAGAAUGUGUAGCCCCGGGGCGGCGUAGGGGCGAGGGUGGAUGUGUGGAUGUCUCGCCCGAGGGUGGUGGGGAGGGUGGAUGGGUGGAUGUGUAGCCCUGGGGGUGGGGGUGAGGGUGGAUAGGUGGAUAGGUGGAUGACGGAACGCGUUGCCCUUCGGUAAUAAUUCAAUCAGAGGCGUUAAAGGUGUUUACAUCUGUCUUGAUAACUUACCCUCUUUAAACUGGCAUCUACCCCCCCCUUCCCCCGCCUAGUUCUGGCCGGUUAACCUGCAGGUUCUGUUUAUUUCCCGGCUUUCCAUGCACGGCCGUGGCGCAUUGUUGGGAUCUACGGAUGAAAUGCGCCGCUUUAACAAAUGUAAAUUAUCACCCGAGCAGCAGCAGCAGUAGAGAGGUGUGCAUAACGACUGCCACUGAUGACUGUUUGGCUGUCGUGAGCAAGUGGUGGCGGCGGCCACACAAACUGAAUGCUGUUUAUGGCCCAAAGUAGCUCAAGGGGGGGAGGGAGGGGGGUUCGGGGUGCGCACCCGGAUUGGUGAAUGAAAUUAUGAACGCACCAAAUACAGGGUGCUUCAAAAAAAUGUUAACACUUCGGAGAAUCUGCGAGAAUACCACGUGACACGUGCUGCUGCCUCCGGGCUCUGGAGACCACCUGGAGAAGAUUCCAGGCCACGUGGUUGACAACGAUGGCGGACACGUGGGAGAGACUCUUUGACUUUUUGAAGCUAUUAACAUUACAUUUGUUAUCAUGUUUGCAGUGCAUCAAUCCGUUCUUUUUCCAUUAAAAACGUUAGUCCCAUAUAAGUGUUAAACAUAUUUAAGCUACCCUGUACUUACCGCGUGAAUGAAAUUACGAACCCACCAUAUACCGCGUGUGUAUCGGCUCGGAUUUGAGAUCGCAAAUAAACACUUGAAGCCCAAA